GUCGACCAGACAGGUAUAUAAGACAACGAUUCUUGUACCAUCGAACCAUAUCUCUUCCCAUCAUCACACCUCUCUCCUCUCCUUCUCUCUCAACCUCCUCUCCACUUCCAACCUCACCCACAUCACUAUGAAGCUCACUCUUGCUUUCCUCGGCCUUGCCAUGGCCGCCGCCGCCGCUUCCAGCGUCAAGGCCGAUGACCUCAGCGGACUCAGCGACGACGAGCUCGUCAUGCUGGCUGUUGCCUCCACUAACCAGACUGACGGACCCUCUCCUUGGGACUGGCCCAACAUGGAGGCCGCCGAGGCCGAGAUCGCUACCAACACCUCUGACUCGACCGUCAACGUCAUCGUCCCCGACGCCGACGAUGAAGCGUCGAAGCGCUCCGUCAAGACCGAGCUGUACAACCUCGGCAACGUCAUCAGCAAGCGAGACGAGUUCAGGACUCUCACUGACGGCACCGACCCUGCGUACUCCAACGCCGCUCUCCAGGCCCCCUCGUACCUGACCUACACUGUCAUCUCCAACACCACCUCCUACGACACCGCCAAGGCCUCUUGCCUUGCUUACUGUGACUCGGUCAAGGGCUGUGUCUCGGCCAACAUGUACAACGAGAUCGGCAACCCCCUCCUCGACCACGUCUUCUCCGAGAAGUCCAACAGGAAGUGCGCCGUCUACGGAGACAUCCCCACCCUGUCGCAGAUGACCAACAAGGGUGGUCAGCAGCUGUACGGCAAGAACAGCCCUGCCAACUACAUUACGAACUCGGCCCUCUUCUCCCUCUACGCCGCCGACACGCCCGCUACCCCAUCAGGCUACACCAACGUCUUCGGUCCCCUCAAGGGCGCCACCAGUGCUGGACCCGCCAAGGGUUACAUGGGUUACGACUUCAUCACCCAGUACAGCCCCCAGCAGUGUGCUGACCUCUGCGAUGCUCGAGGAGCUGACCCCGUCGGCGGCAGGUGCAAGUUCUUCAACAUCUGGCGAGGUGUUGUCGGUGGCAAGCCCACCACCUACACUUGCUCCUACUUCUACGCCACCACCGACGCCUCCACUGCCACCAACUACGGAGACGCGGUCAACAAGGUCACUGUCACUUACUCUCGCGGUUACUCUCUCAACUAAGGAACGACCAUGUUCCUCGAGACGCAACUCGCAUGUGCCAGUCACCUAAAACACUGUAGGCGGUGUGAGCGCUUACCAUCGGACCAUUGCUGGUACUGCUCCCGCCUCUUCUUCCCCGGUCAUCUUUGUCAUUGUCCAGUA